AUGUCAAAUGCUUCUAGCUAUGAAAGCGAUUUAGAAAAUUCUUUCGUACUAAAUGCUAAUUUAGAUGCUUUAAAAAAGUCAGCAUCAAAUGUGUUUCAAGUACAAUGUACCUCUAUACAAGAGUUUAACGAAGGUGGAUUUCAUAAAGUAUAUAUCUUAAAGAUGGAAGAUGGUAAAGAAUAUAUUGGAAGAUUAGCAAUCUCUAUAUAUCCACAAUGGAAGACAGAAAGUGAGGUGGCAGUUAUGGAGUAUAUUCGUUUAAAUACGCAUAUCCCUGUUCCCAAAGUUUAUUAUUGGAAUAGUUCUGUCAAUAAUCCGGUAGGAACAGAAUAUAUUUUAAUGGAGUAUUUACCUGGUAUUCGUCUUUGUGAUAUAUGGAGUAACCUCAAAAUAAAAAAAAAGAAAAAAUUUUUUUUAAAAAUUAUUGACAUUCAAUUGGCACUUAAAAAACUUACGUUUUCAAAAAUUGGCAGCAUUUUUUUCGAUGGUAAAAAUGAUCAAUUUAAAAUUGGUCAAGUGAUUGAAAGUAUCUUUUUUACUGGUGAGCGAGCAACUUUACCCACUAUGGAACGCGGUCUUUUCAAAACAACAAAGGAAUAUAUCUUGGCAGUUAUUCGAAAUCAGAUGCAUUACUAUAGCAUGUUUAAAUCUACAAAUAAGCAAAAGAGUUUGAUUCCAAAAUAUGAAGAACUAUAUCAACUGGUACCAAAAUAUUUUCAGGAUGAUGGAAAUGACACGUUUGUAUUAACGCAUAUUGACUUUCACAUGUCAAACAUUCUUGUCAAGAAUGAUGAAAUAACAGGAGUCAUAGAUUGGGAAUGUUCUGGUGCGUUUCCAGUGGAGUGUUUAUGUACUUAUCCAGUAUGGAUAACUAACAAUCCUAUGAUAGAACAAACUAACAAAAAGUUUAGGGAAAAUAAAAUAUUACAACAAUUUUUUCAAGAUGAAAUGUCUCGUCGUGACCCUGAUUUUAUUCGAACAAUGGACAAUAUAGAUGAAGAAAAAAAAGAAUUUUAUUCCACAGUGUUUAGCCAAGAAAUAUGA